UUAUUCCCCAACUUGGAAGUAAAUACCAUAAAUACGUAAAUAUUCAAGUAAAAUAUACCAAGAGACGAAAAGAUUGAAAGAGCUCGCAAAGCAGCAACCGCAGAAGGUGAAGGGCGAUGAUUUCUAACCCCUUGAAGUCCAGCACCAAGGUAACACCAAAAAGUUCAAGAUGGCCUGGAGAUAAAGCUAAUAUAUCAUCAGUUGAUUUAAACGAGAGCGAUGUGGGCCACAAACGAAUGGUGAAUUAUCUGACGUCUGAUUCUGAAGAGGAACAGGAUGAGGUGAUAAUGAGUGCAAUAUGGUCUGGUGGAAAACUUGGUAGUGCUUAUUAUGAUGCUGGUUCUGCACAAUUGUUUAUGCAGAUGGACAUUUUAGAAACACAAGAUUUUCAGUUUCUAAAACGAUUAAUUAUGCAGGUGAAACCCACCACAGUUGUAUCAAGUUCAAAUCAAGAUGAAAAAUUCCUUAAAGUGUUACAAAGUGAAGAUGAAAACUCAGAAAAAACUACUGGAAAUAAUAUACCAAUGGAGAUCCUACCAAGUAUUGAUUUUUCGUUAGAAAUCUGUAAAAGACGAAUUUUGGCCCUGAAUGUUCUACCAAGUUUGCCCCAACAUUAUACGGAAACUGAGCGAAUGAUGCACCUUGGAUCAAUCGUACCAUUUGAAAAUACUAAUAUGGUAAAAGCAACAGGAGCAUUGAUCAAAUAUAUCGACAAAAAAAGAAUUGGAGUUGAAUUAGAAGAUAUUGAGACCAAAGUUCCCAUUCUCGCAUUAAAGACGUUUUCAUUAGAGGACGCAAUGAUGAUUGACGAGAACACUUACAGUGCGCUGCAAAUCUUUCAAAAGGAAUCCCAUCCGUCAGCUUUUAAAGGCGGUUCAGGUGCUAAAGAAGGUCUCUCACUUUUUGGCAUGAUGAAUAUGACCAAGUCUGUUAUUGGUAGUCGCUUGUUAAGAGUUUGGUUUCGUCGACCAACGACCAACAUGGACGUUUUAAAGCAAAGACAAAAGGCUAUAGCAUUCUUUCAAUCUCCACAGAAUGCGGAAAACACAACGUCAAUUCAAGAGUGUUUAAAACAUAUUAAAUGUAUUUCCCGAACGUUAGUCAGGAUGGCUUCCGCACAAGCAUCGAUUGGUGAUUGGCAAUCCUUAUAUAAGACAGUCUACAAUGCAAUAUACAUCUCCAACAUGUGCAAAGCAAUACCGGAUGUACAAAUUGCUCAGAAGAUUGCCCGAGACUUUUCUGAAGAUCUUCACAGGAUUGCUUCUUUGAUUAACAAAAUUGUUGAUUUCGAUGAUUCUACGUCCCAAAACAGAUUUGUAGUUAAACCUGGAGUCGAUGAAAACCUUGAUGAAAAGAAACGAACAUACAAUGGUCUGCCAGAUUUCAUGACGAAAGUUGCACAAGAAGAACUCAGCAAACUGGACGCAUCAAUUACAGAAUGCAACAUUUUAUACCUGCCUCAGCUUGGUUAUCUUUUGGCCAUCCCUAGAACAGAACAAAUGAAGGAAGAGAAAGAUUUUGAGAUGGAAGGAUUAGAUUUUGUUUUUUUCUCAGAUAAUACAGCACACUACAAGAGCGCUAACACCAGAGAACUGGACCGUCUCUUAGGCGACACCUUAUGUGAAAUAACAGAUCAUGAAACUGCUAUUAUGCACAGAUUACAAAGUAUUGUGUUGGAACAUACUGAUUUACUUCUUAAAGUUAUGGAGUACACAGCUGAGCUUGACUGUUUAAUUGCUCUAUCUGUGCAUGCUAAAGAGAACAACUAUGCGUGUCCAGAAAUGACUGAAGAAAAUCUUUUGAGCAUUAAAGCAGGAAGACACCCUUUGCAAGAGAUUUACGUCACUCCCUUUGUCGCAAAUGACACUCAAGUCGAUAAAGAAAAAUCCCGGAUGAAAAUAUUAACUGGACCAAAUGCAAGCGGGAAAAGUGUGUAUCUGAAACAGGUCGGUUUGAUAGUAUUUUUAGCACAUAUUGGUAGCUUUGUUCCUGCUGAGUCAGCAACUAUUGGUAUAACUGAGAGAAUAUUUACUAGAAUUCAUACUCGUGAGACGGUGUCAGUGGGAUUGUCAACAUUUAUGAUUGAUCUAAACCAGAUGGCUAGUGCUGUUCAAUUCGCAAGUGAAAGAUCUCUUAUACUCAUUGAUGAGUUUGGAAAGGGGACAGCAACGGUUGACGGGCUAUCGUUGUUAACAGCGUGUUUGAAAUAUUGGUUAUCUGCUGGAAACCGUUGUCCUAAAGUCCUGGUGUCUACUCAUUUCCACAGCAUUAUCCAGCAGAAACUAUUGCCUCUUACUCCUCUCCUACGAUUCCAGACGAUGGAAACAAUGCAGAAUGGUGAUGAGUUAGUUUUUUUAUAUCAACUUGUUGAUGGAUAUACGAACACAAGUUACGCGUGUCAUAUAGCUGCUUUAGCUGGUAUCUCAAGUGAUUUAGUACAACGUGGUCAUGAGAUCCUUGAUCUAAUUCGAAACAACAAGGCGGUAAAAAGGAAAGACAGUAAAAAGAACGAAGAAGAAAUGCAGAGAUACUGUGGAAUCGUUAAUGAAUUCUUGGGACUAGAUUUUGAAAGUGCAGAUGUCACAUUAUUUAUGAAAACACUUCUUACGUCACAAACUGGACAAGACCAAAACCGCAAGUAGCUUACUUUG